AUGCCUCCGCAAGUCGCAAAGAAGAGUGCCAAAGAGGCUGACAGGGUAGUGCGCGAAAAGAAAAAUGGUUUCUUUAGCGAUAUGUACACAUCCCGCUGGCUUGUGUCGCCAACGUCGGCGUUCAAGCUGGCACUUUUGGUGGUCCUCGCCUACUUUGCAUGGGAAUAUCUUGUUCCUGUGAGCUGGAACCCAUUCAGGCCAUUCUUGUCCCUCUCAUACCGGUUGCCUGAAUCUGAUGUGCUUAUGAAGCAGGCGACAUAUCCCUUGUACGGGCCGCCGCCGACGUAUUCGGUCGACAACGCCUUCUUGACGCGCAUGCGUCUCUUCUUCCAAUCUGUACAUACGGCCCUGUUCCCGAACGAGUCUCCAUUGCUGCGGUACGGCAAAGGAUGGCUAGAUCUCUGUUUCAUUGCAUACUUUGUCAUCGUCUUCAGUUUCCUCCGCCAGCUGCUUACUGUGUAUUGUUUCAAGCCGCUGGGAGCAUACUUGGGACUCCGUACCGAGGUAAAGCAGGUCCGCUUUGCAGAACAGGGAUAUGCGCUCUUUUAUUGGGGCCUUGCUAGCGUGUUUGGACUUUACGUGAUGUCGUUCCAGGACAGCUGGUGGUACAACCUGGAGCAUCUGUGGUACCAGUAUCCUCACUGGGUCUUGCGCCCCGAAGCUAAGGUGUACUAUUUACUGCAAGGAAGCUACUGGCUGCAGCAGGCGUUUGUCAUGCUAUUGGGUCUUGAGCGCCCGCGUAAGGACUAUUACGAGCUGAUUGCACACCACCUCGUCACGCUCUGGCUCAUCGGCUGGUCGUACUUCAUCAACCUGACCAUGAUUGGAACCACCGUGUUCGUUUGCAUGGAUAUUCCCGAUACAUUCCUUGCCAUUUCCAAGAUGUUGAACUAUUUGCAGUUCACUGUGUCGACCAGCAUUGUGUAUGUAUGCUUCAUGUGCAUUUGGACCUACUUCCGCAUCUAUUUGAGCGCAAAGACAAUCCAUUCGGUAUACAUGCACUAUCAUUUGAUCCCUGCCUAUGCGCGCACUUUCAAUCCUUUCAAGGGUUACUGGCUGGUCUGGUGGAUGCAGUGCCACGUCUUUGCGCCAUUGUUCCUGCUGCUCCUGUUGAACAUCUUCUGGUACGUACUUAUGUGGCGUAUUUUCCUUCGUACCUUCCAGGGUGUGUACAAGGAUGAGCGCGAAGAUGGUGAGGACGAGAUCGCAGAGAAGGAGGAGUAG